AUGUGGGACAUUAUUGAACAUGAUGAAUCUAUCAAGGCGACGUUCAAGUUCUACUCGGACUGGGCUCUCUUUCAGACCUCCGACCCGACCAAGGACAACUACGUGAGCGCAGAGUAUGUGACGACCGAGUUGGUGAGGGGACAGACGCCUGCCACUGUCGGGUCAUUGGGAAUUCGAUUCGAUCAGAAGGGCCACGAGAGACCCUUCCAGAAGGCCGUCAUCGUGGAUGUCCGGGAUGGUUAUUUGAAUCCCGGAGAUCGGAUUCUCAUUCGACUGGGCGAUCGUCACUUCGGUGGGAAGGGCACGCGCGUACAGACUUUCAUCGAGAAGGACUUUCGAUGGAGGCUGUAUAUUGAUCCUGUGGGAACCUCCCGGUUCGCUCCCAUUCAGCCAGAUAUUUCCUGGGCCAUCGUUGCUGGUCCCCCUCAUCACAUCCAGUCCGUCUCGCGGAGACUGAUGGGAAAUGUGACUCGCGACCUCAAAAGACCUGCUCUUCAAGUUGCAAAUAUCCACCGAGAACUCCAAAGUCCUUUCUCAGAAGGAGAUCCCGGUGCCAAAAAAGGAUGGACAAACGUUAUCUCUGACAUCCAGUUGGCCGCAGAAGGCGAUUACACAAUCGAUUUCUCUAUGGAAACACCAGACGGGCCAAUUGUGCAAUCCAACAUCUCUCACAACAGCGUGUCCUCCGACUUGACCAUCCCUAAGGUUUUGUUCGGCGAUUUGCACGUUCACUCUGACGACACCGUGGGCACCGAAAAAUCUGUCUAUAACUUCUCCUAUGGUCGUGAGAUCGCCGGCCUGGACCCCGGGAAAUUCGUCAUUUAUCCUGGUACCGAGUGGUGCGGUAACUCAGCCGCCGGGGGUGAUCAUAACGUGGUCUUCCUUGACGAUUCCGAGGAAUCUCCUGCUGCGUUCCCAUAUGAUCGCCAGGAGAAACUCGCGCGGUCAUUUGAAAGGUCUACGCUAUCUACGCCCAAGACGCCGAUAAACACCUCCUACUCCCCCACGUCGGCGGCCGCCGCUGUAACCUUGCCUGGCAUCAUCCUUGACUGGAGCGGCUCGUCGAGAUCGGUAGUGCCUGGGGUCAGUUUGAGUGGCUUCUUCAAGACGCCGUUCAGCGUGGCUGGAAGCUCGGCGUAUCUGCUAAUUCAGAUGAGCAUCGCGGACGCUGCGGCGGGGGCAUUUCCGGUACUGCAGUCUUCGGCACUCGAGGAGGUCUCACGGGUAUCCUCGCGUCUUGACUCGAUCGAGACGGUGGCUAGCUCCUUACAGUCACGACAUACCUUCGCUACCACGGGUCAGCGCCUCGUCGGUCUGUUAUCCACUCGUACGGAAAAGGGCGACCUUGCGAUACAGGGCGAUGAGAUCGACGUUUCGUCUACCGAGGCCCCAGACCUGGAGUACCAUUCCCUCGGUGAACGGGGGUUUUCGUCCAUCGAAGCCUUCGAUGCGUCAGGUCUGCUCUGGCGCCGGCACUUCUGGUCGGAAGCUGAAGAGCAAAAGACAGCGGCAGAAAAGAAGAAGGUUCCAAGAAUCACAUGGGAUGGAGCACGAUUAUACGACCGCUAUCGCGAAGCAAUCUGGGACGGGCAAAUAACUCUUUCCCAAGAUGCUGCUGUGGAACGUAUACAGCCAUUUGGAGGAUUGGAAGAUAACCCGGAAGAUGUUGUCCGGGUCUCUGGAUCCCAGACUGUCGAGUUCGCGAGCAAAACUAGUGGCGAUGUUGACGGCGUGAAUAUCUACCUUCAGAGCGACAAGACUCCCUCGAACGUGUCGAUCCGUGGCUUGCUCGGUGGGUACAUCAAAGUAGGAGAUGCGCUGGCUGGAAACCCGCACAAGCCUCAGCCGAAUUUCGAAUUCGAGACAACGUGGGAGGAAUUGGUCUCUGCGUCGGAUGGCAAAUCGAUCGAGAUUCGUGGCGGUGCUGGGCUUUUUGUUCGCGUUGAAGCUAUACCGGACAUUGAGCUGCCUCGACGGGUGAAAUCCUGCUGA